GUCUCGCGCUCCUUUUCCGGUUCGUCUCGCGUCCCGUGAGUUGGUGAGUGAGUGGCGUAGGAUUUUAAUCUGCGCGAGAUAUUAGGCAUCAACCAUGGGUAAGGGAAAUAAUAUGAUUCCAAAUGGCCAUUUCCAUAAGGAUUGGCAGCGAUACGUCAAGACCUGGUUUAACCAACCAGCGAGGAAGAUCCGUCGCAAGCAAAAACGUGCCAAGAAGGCACGAGCUCUCGCCCCUAGGCCUGUAAACCUUUUGAGACCCAUCGUGCAUUGCCCGACAUUCCGCUAUCAUACCAAGGUUCGCGCUGGCAAAGGUUUCACGCUCGCCGAACUGAAAGCUAGCGGCCUGAACAGGAGAUUUGCUAAGACGAUCGGAAUUGCGAUCGAUCCACGUCGUCGCAACAAGUCCAUCGAGUCUCUGCAAACAAAUGCUCAGCGCUUAAAGGAGUACAAGGCUAAACUGAUCCUGUUCCCCGUAAAUGAGAAGAAGCCGAAGAAGGGCGAUGCAACCGAAGAAGAAAGAAAACUUGCGGUUCAGAUCAAGGGAGAGCCCAUGCCAAUCCGACAUCAAGCACCCGCCAAGGCGAAGGCACGUCCCAUCACCGAAGAGGAGACCAAAUUCUCGGCAUACGUGACCCUUCGCAAGGCACGAGCUGACGCGCGAUUAGUCGGUAUCCGUGCGAAGCGCGUUAAGGAUGCGUCCGAGAAUCCCGACGAGGUGACUAAAGUCGCAAAGGAUAAGAAAACGAAGAAGUAGUUCUUUAUAAUGACAUCUUUUUUUCCUUAUGUAUAUACGAAAAUAAAAUUUUCCUUUGAUGGAAAAUAA